GUUACAUCGUUCACCGACGACGCAUGCGCGUAGACGUGAUUUUUAAAAGAUCACUUGGGGAGGGCAUGAAGGCGAUUACUAGGCUAACAUUGGCAUCCGGACUACGAAUUGUUGAAAACGCACACCGUCCACAGUGCAGGAUCCGGCCCUCGGUGCCACCAACGCCCUGACCAGACCUUGGUGGGCGUUGGUAGGCAGGGACGCCAGCCUUAGAGGGGGCGACCUGCGAGGAUCAUGACCUCCUCUGUGUUCACCAACGGAGGAUACAAACUAGACAGCGGGAAAGCAGACCUGGCCAAACCCCAGACAGGAACGCCGACCGAGCCGUUCCCCAGCUUGCGGAGGGACUCGUGUGAUCACGUCCACAGCCUGCCUCCCCCCACCGUGCUGGGGAACAUCCACAACAGUGGCCCUCACAGCCACCAGGGGAAAGCCAAGGCUCCCGGCCUGGGGCAGGUGGCGGCCUGCAGGCCCGGACAACACCCCGGCGUGGGAGAAGGUCAGGAGGAGAACUGGGGGAGGAUCGGGAUCCAGUCGACCACCCUCAGAUCCAUGGGGGGCGACUCGGGCUCUCCUGUCAAGGGCAAAGCACUACUAGGACACAACAACAACAACAUGGCCAAGAUGGACCCCGCAGGGCCGACCGCUAACAAGCACCCCCGGGACAGUGCGGGGGGGGACGGGGAGGCGAGGGGGGCCAUCGGGGUGGGGGGGCCACAGGCUCCGGGGCUCAGCCAGGAGGGGAAGAGGGCGGGGGUCCGUAAGGGUGGCAGCCACUCCCCGGCCCAGAGCAGCUGCAUCCGUCAGAUCCUCCUCCUGCAGCUGGAGCUCAUAGAGCAGCAGCAGCUGCAGCUGCACAACAAGAGCCAGGAGAUCGACGACCUCAAGGCAGAGAAGGAGACGCUCCUGGCCAGGAUAGAGCGCAUGGAGCGCCGCCUACAGGUGGGGAGGAGGGAGGGCGGAGCGGAGCACCUGGCGGCCCAGCGCGCCCCGCGCCCCCCCCCGGCCCACACCCCCCUCCGGGAGGACCCGGGGUCGCCGCCCGAGACGCCAGAGGGCCACGGGGCGGCGGGCGAGGGGCGCGGCCCCGGAAGCACGCCCCGCACCCUGCAUUUCGGUAGAGGAGGCAAGGGCCACAAAAGACGCUUCCUCUUCCAGGACCCCCGCUCGGCCAAGCGCCGCGCCCAGGCCAAGUCGGCCCUCCAGAAGGAGGCGCUGGUGCCCAAGGAGGAGCCGGCGGAGCGGGUAGAGGAGGAGGAGGAGGAGGAGGAAGAGGAGGAGUCCCCAAGGACCAGCCCCGACUCGCCCCAGUUUGAGGAGCUGUCCUACCUGUCCACCACAGACAUGUACCUUUGCUGUUGGCACCAGCCGCCCCCGUCGCCAUGGAGAGAGCCCUCGCCCAAGAAGGAGGAGGCCGUCGCUAUCCCGUCGUGGAGAGAGAACAUCAUGGACCCCCUCAGCGAGGACGAGGCUACUGACAUCCCUGAGAAUCUAGAGGACACCGUCUUCCUGAAGCGUCACUCGAAACACGAGCUGGAUGAAAAGAGGAGGAAGCGAUGGGACAUCCAGAGGAUCCGGGAGCAGCGGAUGUUCCAGCGUCUCCAGCAGAGGAUGAACAGGAGGAAGGGCAUCCAGGAGAGCGAGCCUGAGGUGCUGUCCUUCUACCCUGAUGCAGAGGACGUGGAGGCCCUUAUCAUCACCCCUCACCUGCCUGUGGUGGCCUUCGGCCGACCUUUGCCCAAGCUAACGCGACGAAACUUUGACCUGCCGUGGUUGGACGAGCGGAGUCGCUGCCGAGUGGAGGUGCCCAAGAAACAAACCCCUCAUCGGACCUGCCGGAAAUAGUCCUCAAACCCCCGUCCUGUCGACCCAGAGAGGAGAACAGCACUCGGCACCAGAACAUCCAGAACCUGGUGUUUCUGCAGCCACCAGUCCCUGUGUGUGAGGAGACCCAGGUCUAUGGGGACCCUCGCUAACCUCCCCCCUCACCCCCUUUCAAGGACCUGUGUCAAAGGUCUGGACGUGGUCCCUAAACCGCACGGCGGAUGUCACCCCUUAGUUCAUGUUCGGGCCAGUUUGAAGGAUUCGAUUACUGGUGUUGAUGGACAAAUCUAUGGAGAUGUGUGUGUGUGUUUUCUCUGGGUUCGUUACUAAGGAUUGGGUUGCUGCUUUCUCCGGAACUUCAUCUGCCAAAAUCACCUCAGUAACAACACACACAAAAAGUUAUUCAAACUAUUCAAUUGUCAUUUUCACAUUGACCUGCAUUGUUGAACCACAGCACAGAAUGUAGCUGUCCAUCCCUUCUGUCAUUGUUUGCUGUUGCAAGAGGGAACCUUCAGUUGGAGAAGGUUGCAGGACACUAAGUGGGCUGAAAAUAAAUGUGUUUGAAGCAGUUCCGCAACAGUUAUUGGUUUGUGUUUCAACCAAUGUUCUUGUAAUAAAAGAGAAACGCUUUAUGCUCUUGAAAGUUUAA